UGGUUCUAGAUGAUUUAUUUGUUGAAUUAUUCUUUGUAGGUGUGGUAAAUAUCUAAAUGUUGUUUUAAAAUAUUUAACAAUUACGAUGGAUAGUAAAGGUAGAAAAGUAAUAGUGUGCGAUAACGGUACUGGAUUUGUUAAAUGUGGAUAUGCCGGCAGUAAUUUUCCAGCAUUUGUUAUUCCUUCGAUGGUUGGAAGACCCAUUAUUAGAGCUGUUAAUAAAAUUGGUGAUAUCGAAAUUAAGGGAAUACACAUUGACGAUUUAAUGGUUGGAGAUGAAGCAUCGGCAUUGCAUUCUUUAUUAGAAGUAGAUUAUCCUAUGGAAAAUGGAAUUGUAAGGAAUUGGGAUGAUAUGUGUCAUGUGUGGGACUAUACCUUUGGACCUAAGAAAAUGAAUAUCAACCCACCAGACACUAAGAUUUUGUUGACAGAACCACCCAUGAAUCCUGUAAAAAAUAGAGAAAAAAUGAUAGAAGUCAUGUUUGAGAAGUAUGGAUUUGCUGAAACUUAUAUUGUAAUUCAAGCUGUUUUAACGUUAUAUGCCCAGGGGCUUUUGUCAGGGGUGGUAGUUGAUUCUGGGGAUGGAGUAACUCACAUUUGUCCUGUGUACGAAGAAUAUGCUUUACCUCAUUUAACAAGAAGGUUAGACAUUGCAGGGCGCGAUAUUACACGAUACCUCAUUAAAUUGCUGCUCCUCAGAGGAUAUGCAUUUAAUCAUUCGGCAGAUUUUGAGACUGUAAGAAUGAUAAAGGAAAAAUUGUGUUACAUAGGCUAUGAUAUUGAAGCUGAGCAAAAGUUAGCAUUAGAAACUACAGUUCUGGUAGAGCCUUAUACAUUACCAGAUGGUAGAGUAAUAAAAGUGGGUGGUGAAAGAUUUGAAGCACCUGAGGCCCUCUUCCAACCACAUUUGAUAAAUGUGGAAGGUCAGGGUAUAGCAGAAUUAGUAUUCAAUACGAUUCAGGCUGCUGAUAUAGAUAUGAGGUCUGAGUUGUACAAGCAUAUAGUAUUAUCUGGUGGAUCUACAAUGUACCCGGGACUUCCCUCGAGGCUAGAACGGGAAAUUAGGCAAUUAUAUUUAGAAAGAGUACUUAAAAAUGACACCGAAAAAUUUCGCAAAUUUAAAAUAAGAAUAGAAGACCCACCAGGUCGGAAAGACAUGGUGUUUGUUGGUGGAGCAGUUAUUGCGGAGGUCCUCAAGGACAGGGAGGAUUUCUGGAUUACUAAAGAAGAAUAUAAAGAGCAGGGAUUAAACGUUCUUAAGAAACUUGGAAUGAGGGUUGGUUAAAUUUAAAUUAUACUAAUUUUAAUAAAUUACUAAAAUUCCAUUUUUGCUAUUUCUCUACAAACAACUGUAAUUAGAUAAUCUAGACUGUAAGAUAAAUUCUGUACUUUUUAUUCGGUUAUUUUUGUACAUAAGUAAUACUAUUAUUAAGUAUUUAUAAUUAUUUACUGCCAAUGUAUUUUGAAUUAAUCAAAAAAAAAUUUAUUACUUAAU